AUGCCGAAACUGUUUUCCUGUUUUUCAAUAAAUACGAAAAAAGGCAAUUCAACCAGUUCAAACAAUCCAACACGUACCUAUCAAACCCAAGCGGCUUCUCAACCGAUCAAUAAUGACCAUGGAUUUGUUAGUGGAGCACGCUUUGUUGCACAUGAACCGAGUGAUUCUUUGUCGCCGGACUCUGAUAUUUUCCAAUCAAGAUUCGCUCAACACGUGAAUGUACCAGAUCCAUUAUUCUCCACGUUAAGUAGACAGCCAGCUGUGAAUCACAACAACAUAUAUCGUUCAAACAUAAAUUCGCCAUCAAAGCUUGGCCGAUUUCAUCACCAUGAGAGAGAUAUAUCAAUUGUGAUAAAUGGUUGUCAAAUACCUCAGCAUAGUCAACAGUAUGCAAAAAUAACUGAAUUGCUUGGUGAUGCCGAUGAAGACGGCAUCGGUAAGAUAACACCUGAUGCAUUAAAGGCAAUCGUGAAUUAUCUAUUAUCACCGGAAUAUACAGAACAACAAGCACAUGAUACCAAUGAUGGAUUUACCGUAAGUCUAUUAGAAUGA